AUGUACAGGACGCCCUAUAUUGUCCAGAUAGACGACGGCGAAGCGCCGACGCAAAGUGAUCUUCGCCUCCGACCCCUCAAUGUCGAGAAGGGCUCUAAAAGGUUUUCCGAAAAAGAUGGAGUCUUCCCACCUAGAGUUGCGACAUACAGAAACAAUCUUACAGCGCUGUCACAGAGGCGAAACAUACUUUUCGUGGCCUACGAUCAUCAAAUCUAUGUAUGGGAACCUGCCGGUCCGCGGCAGGUUCUUGGAGCCAAACCGACGAUGAUCCUCACGCCUAUUAUGAAGGACCCUGAUGCAGAAGGUAUAAUUUCUAGGCAUUCACCUCACGCAAUCAACAAUAUACUGGUCGACGACCUGGGCCGCGAUGAGAUUUUGCUUCUAGCCACCGACUCGGGAAAUGUUUGUGGCUAUCAUGUUGAGAGUCUAUUUUCUUAUAUCGAGUCUGCCAUGUCAAACGGAGAGAAACGCCCUAUUUUGGACCCUCGUAUCGACCCCUUUUUCUGUGAAAGUGUUGGCCUGAGCGCCUGGGGUUUGGCCGUCCAUAAAUAUGCGCGUUUGAUUGCUAUCAGCUCAAAUACAGGAAUUAUCACUGUGUUUGCUUUUGCAAUUGCUGACGAGUCUCACGGCGAACCGUCAGGUCCUUCAGAAUCGUUCCUCGACGAUUUCCAGAACUACGGGCAAAAUUGGUUGCAUGUAGACGACUCCGAGCAGUUCGAAAAAUUUCGUCAGCUGAUCCCAACGAACAAGCAUCGCUCUCGUAAUGUGAGAUUAUCAUACGAGGGCCAUUUUACGAAUAUUCCGUGCAUUUGUUUUCUUAACAGUGACCUCGAUUCCGAAGGGAUGUGGAUGGUUAGCACAGAUAUUGAUAACAGAAUGUUUGUUUGGGCGAUAUGGGAUCAGUUCACUCCAUUUAGAAAGUUUGAAUUCCACCGUGGAGAACCGUUACCGGAUAUAUUGCGAGUAGGGGAACGUGGCUGGAGCGUGCUGGCACUGGACCCACGAAGCUUCCGCAUACAUCAGUCCUACACCGAAGCAUGCGGUGGCAAGCCGUAUCUUCGACCUUGCAACCCUUAUCCUAUUAUGGACGUCACGAACCUUGUUCAAGAAGUUCCGGAUAUAUCAUUUGUCUAUAAUCCUUUCUCUCCUGCUGCCGUUAACUUUAGCCAAGAGGAGCCGACAUUGCCAGACCUAUUCGACAUUCAGUCGUGUAUUGUACCAGGAGUUUCUCCAGAGAUCGGAGAGCAACCACCGUCAGAGGCCCCCUUCAUUGCCGAUGAACCGGAUAGUAACCAAGAUGAUGCUUCCACAGCCGACCACAACUCGAUGGAAAGCACUAACCAACAUUUACCUCAACAAAACCAAUCACGCCCGACGAAUGAAAAUCUAACAUUCCCAUGGCAAAAUGGACAGUCCAACUUCCCAGAAAUCGUCCGCAUACUGCUUGAAAGUGCCAAUGGCGCUGUAGUUUCUGGAACAACCUCGGACGACAGCGACGAGAAUGACAGUGACCCGAAUGAUAGUUCAGAUGAAGAAGAACUGGUCUUUCAUGAUGCCCCCUUCGAACAUCAUUUGCAUGCGCAUAGACAACGCGCAAAUAUUCAUUCAGUAUCCACAUUUUGUUUGGAGCCCAAGGAACAAUGUACCGGUCCAUACCCUGUCCCAAAGUCCGCAUGUUUAUACUUCCCGAUUUUGCACUUUUCAGAGACAGAUAUCCGUCUUUUACGAAGUCCGUUUGCGCGUCAUCCCACCGUUGUAGCACGUGGACCGCUGCGACAACAGGUUCCUGAAAUUAUUUCUUCCUUAUAUGGGUUCGACAGGUUUAAUAUGGUGAAAUACCUAGCUGAGUUUGGUAUUGUCAUUGCAGCGACCCAAAGAGGCCGCGCUGCAGUCAUAUCUCUGACAGAAACUGCCGAUGGAAAUAUUGCGAUUCGUAUCAAUUGGAUGCUCCCUUUGGCCAGCCAGGAACGACAUGCUGAACGACCGCUACUGGGACUACUGGGACUUGCAGUCAGCCCUAUUCAAGGCUUCGAGAAACAGCCAGAUAUGUCCCAUGUGCCGUGUGGUGUAUCCAGCCACCAGGACUUUUCUUUCCAUUAUCGAAGCCAUGGAAACGACGUAUCUGAGACGACCCAACAUCGAGAAUGGGAAAGCCACAGCGAAAAGGAAUCAGUCGAGGGCGAUGAACGUCAGCAGUCUACUUCUUUUUCCGAUCAUAGUAGUGGUGGAGUCGCUGGUGGUGAUGAUAUGCACGAUCAUAUUCCCUCGCCUCCAUCUACACACUCUUUGGAAAUGCCAGAACUAACAUUUGCCGAAAGCCAUGGAACCGCCGAUUGGACUCACAAACCUCAGGAGGCCUGGCAUGGGAUCAGCUCGUCUCGCCGCUAUCGUGUGCUGCUCACGUAUACUGACCAUACCGUCAUGAGUUAUGAGUUCUGGUACGAGUGGUCUGGUGCCGCUUUUGGUGGCUCUUCUACUGGCAGCGAUGGCGAGGAUUCGUUCUUGUUGUAG